AGUUUUUGUCGUCGUCGAAAAUGGUUGCGGAUAAGAUUGUGCUGGCUUACUCGGGCGGUCUGGACACCAGCUGCAUCCUGAAGUGGCUGAUCAACAAGGGCCACCCAGUGGUCUGCUACAUGGCCAAUGUCGGGCAGACGGAGGACUUCGAGGCAGCCAAAGCAAAAGCGCUGAAACUGGGCGCUUCUCAAGUGGUCAUUGAAGAUCUGCGCGAGGAGUUCGUGGAGAACUACGUCUGGCCUGCUGUGAGCUACGGGCUGGUCUAUGAGAGCCGCUACCUUUUGGGCACGGCGUUGGCACGACCCUGCAUCUCUGUGGGGCUGAUUAACUGCCUCAAGGACCAUCAAGCGCUCGCACUGUCGCAUGGCGCCACCGGUAAGGGCAACGACCAGGUGCGCUUCGAGCUGGCCUGCUACACCUUGCUGCCCGAUGUCCAGAUUAUCGCGCCCUGGCGCCAGGCGGACUUCGUGGCACAAUUCUCGGGCCGGCGGGAGCUGCUGCAGUUUGCCGCAGACAACGACAUUCCGGUGCCAGUCACCCCCAAAGCCCCCUGGAGCAUGGACGCGAACAUUAUGCACACGAGCUACGAGUCGGGGGUGCUCGAAGACCCCGACCAGGAGCCUCCGGCCGAGCUCUAUCUGAUGACCAGGCCUGCGAGUGAGGCUCCAGAGCAGGCCUGCAGAUUGGCGAUUAGCUUUGAAAAGGGUCGCCCUGUGCUGUUGGAGCUGGAGGAUGGGCGCAAGCUUACCACCAGCCUAGACAUUCUUGAAACGCUCAACGAAAUCGGAGGACAACAUGGAGUGGGCCGGAUAGACAUUGUGGAGAACCGUUUUCUAGGCCUGAAGUCGCGCGGCGUCUACGAGACCCCAGGAGUGACCAUUUUGCACCAGGCACACCUCGACUUGGAAACCUUUUGCCUCGACCGGGAGGUCUACCGGGUGAAGCAGCUGCUAAAGGACCGACUGGCCGACUAUGUCUACAACGGGUUCUGGUUCUCGCCAGAAGUCCAGUUUACCCGAAAGUGUCUGGACUUGGCCGCCGAAAAUGUGCAGGGGACAGUCAAGCUGCAGGUCCACAAAGGUGCAGUGACUGUGCUGGGCCGGUCUAGUUCAAAGGCGCCCUACAACGCAGACUUGGUGUCCAUGGACCAGCUGGUUGGGUUUGGGCCGCAGGACGCCACUGGCUUUAUCAAGAUCCAGGCGAUCAGGCUCAGGGAGCAUCAGCGGCUGACUCACUAAGUUCAACCACAACAGACGACAAUAAAAUGUUGAAAUGUGUAUAAUAAUCAGGCUUUCAACUUAAAAAUCCACGUUAUUUGUCAAGCAGCGUUGGGUGAAAAAAUCGUGCCGUUUCCUA